AUGUCACUGGCUCCAAAGCAAAGAAGGUAUUCUAGAAUUGCACCAGCGCAGAAUGAAACUUCCUCCUUUAUCUCCCUUGCGGGAGAGACUCUCCGACCUGAUGAUGAAAACGAGAAUUCGCUAUACCAAGAUGGAGAGACUUUAUCUGUAAAUUCGUCACAGUCAUUUCGUGGAUUGAAGGUGGAUGAAAAUAGUGAUAGGGGUGUUGGUGAACCAAUUGAGUAUCCCAAUCUGUCAUCCAUUACUAGCCCAAUGUUGGGGGUUUCAAAUGCAUCUAAAUUAGGACAUUCAUCGUUUGCCAGUCCUGCAGAAUCAGCUGUUUCCCUUUCUUCUGCUUCUCCAGUAACAGAGUCUCGAGUCAACUCAACGUCGGAGAUCUCGCAAGAUGAACAACUUCAUGACAAACUUGUUCAUUCAUCUUAUAUCCCCCCUUGGACUGCACCUUAUAUCAUCGGAAUAGCCGGUAAUUCAGGAAGUGGCAAAACGUCAAUUUCACAACAGAUAAUUCAAGGCAUAAAUCAACCCUGGACGGUGCUACUAUCGUUUGAUAACUUUUACAGGUCAUUGACACCGGAGCAGAGUAAGCGAGCAUUUGAGAAUGAAUAUGAUUUUGACACUCCGCUGCUGUUGGACUUGGAUGCUCUUGUGGAAACUGUGCGUACGUUGAAAAAAGGAGGUAAAUCCACGAUUCCGGUUUACUCGUUUGCAAAACACGCCAGAACUGAUAAGACAAAUACCAUAUACGGGGCCAAUGUUAUUAUAGUUGAAGGAUUAUACGCAUUGUAUGAUCCUAGAUUGUUAGCAAUGAUGGAUUUGAAAAUAUACGUUGACACUGAUUUAGACAUUUGUUUAUCAAGACGUUUGAUAAGAGAUAUCCUUUACAGAGGGCGAGAUUUAGAUGGAGCCAUUAAGCAGUGGACAAAAUUUGUCAAACCCAAUGCUGUCAAAUAUAUAAACCCCACCAAAGACAACGCUGAUUUAGUUAUCCCUCGCGGGUUGGACAACACAAUUGCGAUUGAUCUUAUGAUUAAACAUAUCAAAAACCAAUUAGCUCUUAAAUCAAAAAGACACUUGCAAAACUUGAAGAGCUUGGGCUACAACAUUGAAUUUAAGGUGGAAAAUUAUCCCAAUUUGAAAAUACUAAAGCCUACAAAUCAACUAAAAGGAAUCAAUUCUACCUUGUUUAGCAAAACAACGUCAAGAGAUGAUUUUAUAUUUUAUUUCAAUCGAAUAAGUGGACUUUUACUUGAAUAUGCACAAGUGAACUUUUUUGAAUUUGUACCAAGACAAGUUAUUUGUUUUGGAAAGCCACAUAAAUACCAGGGAUUACAGGCUCAGCAGUUGCAAAUGGUUGCUGUUAGCAUCAUUCGGAGUGGCGAUUGUUUUAUGACCUCAUUGAAAAAGACAUUUCCAGAACUAACUGUAGGUAAAAUGUUGAUACAAAGUGAUUCAUCAACGGGUGAACCCCAAUUGCAUUAUGAAAGUUUGCCUCAUAAUAUCAAUAACAUUGGUAGAAUAUUGUUGUUUGAUUCACAGGUAAUUAGUGGGGCCGGAGCAAUCAUGGCAAUUCAGGUAUUGGUUGACCAUGGAGUUAAACAAGAAGAUAUUAUAUUUGUGAGCUUCCUAUCAACUGAAAUUGGAAUCAGGAGAAUCCUAAAUGUGUUUCCCCGUGUUAAGUUGGUUAUUGGUAAAUUAUCGUCGAUGGAUGUGACACAAUUUGAACAACAGGGGGAAGGAGAAGAAGAAAGGAAAGGCAAUACAUUAUGGUAUAAUGAAGAAAGAUUUUUAGAUAGCCAUUGGCAUUUUAGAAAUAGGUUUAUAGAUAGUUUAUACUUUGGUACAGAUUGA